AUAAUGAUAUUCAGAGUUAUGAAGAUUUAGGAAUGCUGGAUACGCAGCUGCUGUGUGCGGAGGCUGAUGCCAUAUUUGAGAAGUACAUGGGCAAUAUGAACGCUCCAGCGGGAAGUGAAAAAGGAAGUAAAGAAACAAAUGAUGAUGAGGGAAAUAAAGUAGGUGUACUUGAAAGUGAAGUGAUAAACAAGGACGGUGAACCUAAACAGGUGUCAAAUGAACAUGUCAAGGGGACUGAUUACAUUCACCCAACUGAAAAAGAAGAUUGUUUAGAACCAGUGAAGUCCCAAAUUGUGGUAAGAUUCGCAAA